AUGCCUGGCGUUCCAUCCGGUCGGGGCUGCGAGGCUUGUCGGAGACAGAAGAAAAAGUGUGACCAAACGAAACCGAUCUGUUCGCGAUGCUCACGUCUCAACAUCCCGUGCAUCGGCAGCGGACAACGCCGCUACAAAUUCAAAGACCAGAUGGUCGUCUGGAGCGACUCGUCCGCUCGUCGCACCACCACCACCACCACCAUGACGCGAUGGGACACAAGAGACGUCCCACGCUCACCUCAAAACGAGAUGACGACCGCGACGACAGCCAUGGCCACGCUCCUGAACAUGUCCGACGUGCGCUAUGAAGUCAUCUACUACGGCGAGUUCCUAAAAGAUCUACCGCGACGACUCGGUAGUAAUGCGGUGCUGGACGCGUCCGUCAUGGCGUUUACACAGGGCUAUUCGUCGAUUCACACGCAUCGACCGUCGCCCGAGGCGUUGAGUAGCUAUGUGCAUGCGUUGAAGACGCUGCGGUUCACGCUGGAGGAUCCGGCGAAGACGCGCACGGCGGAGACCCUGUGUGGGAUUUAUCUGAUUAUGAUUUGCCAGAGCUGGCUUGGCAAGCAAGACGAUAACUAUGUCAGUCACGGGGAAGCGAUGGCCCAUUUAUUGAGCAUGGCCGUGACGCAGGACUGGCAAGGGGGAUUUCUCAAGGAAAUGCUCCUGACCUUUUCAGUCCCGGUGAUCCUCGAAAGCACAUUCAACCCACGCAUAAAAAUCGAACCGUGGUUCUCCAUCUUCUGCGACAAGUACUUUCCCCCUCGACCUUCCAAAGCAAGCCCCUUCCCCAGCCUCAUGUUCCGCAACCUCGCCAGCAUGCCACAAUUCAUCCGCUCACCAGAACAACACGUCUUCGAGAUCGAAGCCACCUACACAGCCAUGCGCGCCGACAUGUCUCGCCUGCGAGAGCUCCUGAACGAAACAUCCACGAAACUAUUCCCCACGCCGGACGCUCCGGACCCGGGCAUCCUCGCCAUGCGAACCUUGACGCGGUACCAAGCGGCGUACGGCAUCCUCAUGGCACUAGGGAUCAUGCUGAAUCGGAUCCUGAGCGAGUUCGACCCCGACGACGCUAAUCUCGCCGCGGACGGGGUGUAUAUCUUCGACGAGAUGAUGAUCCUGGCGUGUGAGGCGGCGCGACACAGACCGUUAGGGUCAGCAUAUAUGCCGCUUUGCUUAGCGUCGGCGUGGGGUGCGACGACGGAUCCGAUGAAGAAAGCCCAGGCGAUGGCGAUAUUAGAGGAGUAUCAGAAGGAUUUCAGCGAAGCGAACUGGUUGGCUGGGGGCGUGUGGUUGUCGAAGAAGUUUGAUAGUUUGAGGAGGAAGUUAGGGCCGGAGGGGGUUUCUGGAAGGGUGAUCGGUGUGUAG